UUUAUACAGUAGAUGUGACAAGAGGCGGGGCUACAGACUCACUUCCUCAAAGACUAAUAUUGUUAGGUACCUGAUUUCUGCCUACGUUUGGAUGGUGAUCUUUUAUUCAUAAGUGAACAGGAGACUGGGCUCAGUUUGAAAAAUGAUUGCUACAAGUUGUAAACAUGUAUUGUUUUCUGGAAUACUGCUCUUCAGUUUUAAAAUGAUUAUUUCAGCUAAUACAGCAUUCACAGUAUCUAUAUACGAUGUGACCUCAAGAACUAUUUAUUUCCGAUGGCCCAAAUUUCCUGGAGCCUUUUCUUAUAGAGUCAUGGCAACACCUACAAACACUGUGGGCCACUCUUCAUUGGCCUCUUUCAAUGAUGUCACCCUUUUAGGCACUCUUGCAUCACUGGCUCCCAACACUGUCCACGCUGUAAAGGUAGAAGCCAUUGAUAAGAAUGGAGUUAUAUUAGCUGAAGCACAGACUAUGCAGUUAACAGCUCCAGAGAUUCCUAUUAUCGAACAAGCGUAUUCAAAGCUGAGUAACAGUAUCACAGUGGAAUGGGCAGCUGUCCCAGGAGCAUCCAGUUACCUGCUGACAGCGCAGGAUGGAGAGUCAUUCAUUGAAACAAUAGUCACAAAUUCACCAGGCACUGUGACAGGGUUGAGGGCUGCUACACUGUAUAAAAUUACCAUCCGAUCUAUAAAUGCUGGAGGAAGAAGUCUGCCAUCACCUUCUAGAAAGGCAAAGACAGUGCUUGCUGCACCAGUCCUAGUAGCACAUUCCCCAAGUUAUGACAAUAUUGUAGUGAGCUGGAAAGCUGUAUAUAUGGCUGUCGGAUUCUUUGUCUCAAUCAUGAGAUCAGAUGGUUUGGGCGGCAUGUUGAAAGAAAACACCACCAACAGCUCCCUGACAUUUUCUAGUCUAGACCCAGGAACUCUCUAUACCAUCAAGGUGCAUGCUUGGGACAGUAAUGGAAUACCUGGGGAUGACUUCACAUACAACCAAAGAACAAGGCCUCAAGCUCCAGCAGAUGUUCAAGUGGUUUUUGACAGUGGAGCUUUGAAAGCUACUGUUUCUUGCAUGUCAUCAGAAGGAGCUUCCAGUUACACUAUUGCAACCUUCAGUGGCACCUCCAAACUGAACUGCAGUACAACUUUCACUUCUUGCACUAUCUCAUCUCUUGAAUGUGGGGCUGAAUAUUCCCUUUCUGUGGUGGCAAGCAAUGAAGCUGGUUCCAGCAAGCCCACGGAGACAAUGACUUUCAAAACUGUACCUUGUGCUCCAGAAAGUAUAACCAUUGAAGAAGAUGAGCCAGGCAACUUGGCAGUAUCCUGGUCAGACACUGACCUCAGUGAUUACUAUGUGGUCUUUGUGAAGAGUGAUGAUGGCUUGGAGGUACAUUGCAACACGUCACAUACUCUGUGCCACUUCCAAUCAGACUGCGGUUUCACCUAUUUUAUUAGUGUCUUUGCCUAUAAUAAAGCAGGACAGAGCCCCUUGGGUGACAUAUUUAACUAUACUACAGCACCUUGCUGCCCCAGCGAUUUUAACCCAGUGUUUGUAUCUAGUGACACCGUUCAGAUUGUCUGGUCUCCUGUCCGUGGUGCUGAAAUGUAUGAAACCAAAGCUGCUGACUGGCCAAAUGAGCUGUUGUGCAAUGACACUGCAACAGUUUGUACGCUGUCUGCGCUGCAGUGCAAUACUCAAUACAAUAUUACUGUAUAUUCAUUCAGUGAAAUCCGGGGCAGCAAUACAUCCUGUGCAUCAAAACAUGUGGCGACAGCUCCAUGCAGUCCGGAAAUAAUAAGUGUCUCAAAGGAUGCUCUUUCUGUAAUUAGUGUGAAUUGGCAUGCCAAUAAUGAUGAGGCAACAUAUACAGUCACCGCUAAAGGAGAAGCAGGGAAAUGGCAAUGCACAAGCUCUGGAAAUUCAUGUGCUAUCUAUAAUCUUCCCUGUGGGUCCCUCUUCUCUAUCAGUGUUGUAGCAAGUACAGAUGCCGGACACAGCUUGCCUAGUUACAGUGUUCCUUUAGAGACAGCUCCUUGCUGCCCAACUGAUCUUGCAGUAACUGAAGUGACACAAUCUGUAACAAACAUCAGCUGGUCUGUUGGGACUGGUGCAAAGACAUACAUAACCAUUUUGGAAUCACACAGAGGACAAGCCAGGUGUCAUACACUCCAGAAUUACUGCCUCCUAGGAUGCAUUACCUGCGGAACCAACUAUACGGUGUCUGUCAAAGCAAUUAGUGAAACAGGUUUAAGCUCAGAUUGUAUAUAUAGAGGAUUUUCUUCUAGUGCUUGUUGUCCCUCUGGGGUUAAGCUAUACAGACUGGGCAACAAUGGCAUACGAAUAUACUGGCGAACAUCAGAAGGGUCAAUAAGCUACAGUACAGUUCUAUAUGGCUCAAAAGAAAAUUUCACCUGUACACCCAACAUAAACCUUUCAUACUGUGACAUCACUGAGAUACCCUGUGGAGAUGUCUAUACAGUUGUGGUGUCACCUGUAACAGAUCAUGCAGGAGCAAAACUUGCAUUUUGUCCUAAAAAGAUAUAUUCAGGUAAUGACCUAAAGUGCCCUGUUGUAGACAAUAAAGAAACUAGAAAUUUGCUGGUUAAUAUAUAGUAGAAAAUAUGACAUAGAAGAUUUGUGAAACACUUAACAGCUCCUCCUCUUAGACCAAUUUUCAAAUGAGUGUCAUGCACAAACUACCUGAAAGUCUCAGGUGGCUGUUAUAAAGAGCUAUACCACAUAGUCUGUCUCCAUACCACUGUCCAACACUCUCCAAAUGACAGAAUUGGGUGUGAUCUAAUAUAUUGAGCUUGUAUUUAGUCAAAUUUAAUUUUCAGUUGCUAGUGCAAUUAUAAAACAUUUGUUCAUCCCUAAAGUGCUACAAGAAUCUUUUGUCAAUUACACAAAUUGUGUGCCAACAAUCAGGCACCUUUACUGCGAGGUAUCUCCAGAAGCUUCAAUUAGAGCAUGCAUAUAAACAUUAAAGAAAUCUGAGAU